AUGGGAUCAGUCCCUGCUAUGAUCAAUUCAUGCUCACGUAACUUCGCUCCUCAUCCCCAUCUGCAUACAAAAUACAUCCUGCGUACAGAAUACAUCAUUAUUCAGUAUUGUGGCCAUCCGCUUCAAGUUCACAUUAGUUGUUCCCGGUCUCAACCUCUCUCUAGUCGCACAAAAUCACAACUCAGCGCUGUUGGGAGUUUCGUCAUCAUGCGGAACGUGAUAAUUCUCCAUGGAAUCACUGGUGAGAAUCUGGGUGCUUUCGACCAACGUGGAUCAAUUAUCAAGAAAGUAUUUUUCGAUAUGCUCGAUAUCAUACUAGAGAAGACAGCCCCUACUGUCUUUGAAGCAACCACCGGAGCUCAGCUCCAUCCGACUCGUCAAAUUCUUGACCAUGGAACAUACAGUGUUUUUCCCACAUCAGGCGAAGUCCUCCUUACACGUGAAGUUUCUUUCAGACGCCUACCUUCAAGAAACAAUACUCCAAUAGAAGAAGCUUUCCAAGUCGGGUUACGAAUCAGAGACGGCAAAUGCAUGAUUUCCCUCAAGGUAAACCCAAUGGUCGGUGAUCCUGGUGACAGCGAGGAGUGGGACAUAUUUGAAGGGGAUUUCUCAUGGUUCAUCACCACUACCAAUACUAAUAAUCAUCGCGCGGAUAUGAAUUCCAUCCAGAAUGGGCUCCUUCUUAAAGGAGACGUUCAUAAACUCUUUGAUAAGUUCAUUAUCAUAGUCAACCCUGAUGAUAAUUAUCGAGUAAUCGACUUCAAAGGCGACCGUGAGGAAGUUGAUGGGAAUAUCCUCGAUCCGGCCUGCAGAGUACCUAGUGACCCCGACCGAGUAGCAGAUGGCUUACUUCGUUGGCACUUUAGACAGGCGGUCCUCGCCCACAUGAAGGCGGGUGCAGGCGUGCCUGUGUGGGAGACUGACUUCCCCCCCCCCCCCCCCCCCAAGGGUCGGAUAUCGUCGGCGAAAUUUUGUCCGGCCCAAUGGGUGGAGAACGAAUGGAAGCAGAGUUGCUCCAAAGAUUUCACCACUUUAUGA